AUGUCCUUGGAGGUGAAGGAGAAGACCCAGGUGCGUAUCGUGUUUCUGGGGGCAGCAGGAGUGGGUAAGACAGCCCUGAUCCAACGCUUCCUCCAAGACACGUUCGAGCCCAAACACCGGCGCACCGUGGAGGAGAUGCACAGCAAGGAGUACGACAUCGGCGGGGUCAAGAUCAAAGUGGAGAUCCUGGACACCAGUGGCAGCUACUCAUUCCCUGCCAUGCGCAAGCUCUCCAUCCAAAACAGCGACGCCUUUGCACUGGUGUACGCCGUGGAUGACCCCGAGUCACUGGAGGCUGUCAAGAGCCUUCGAGACGAGAUCCUGGAGAUCAAGGAGGACAAGCACACGCCCAUCGUGGUGGUGGGGAACAAGGCGGACCGGGGAAAGGAGCGCCAGGUGUCCAGCGAUGACGUGCUGUCGACCGUGGAGAUGGACUGGAACAACAGUUACCUGGAGGCUUCGGCAAAGGAGAACUCCAACGUGGUGGAAGUGUUCAAGGAGCUCCUGCAGCAGGCGAACCUCCCCAGCCGCCUCAGCCCGGCGUUGCGAAGACGCAGGGAGACCUUCCCCAAGGACACCAACUUCCGGCCACCGAUGAACAAGACCAACAGUUGCAUUCUGUCAUAA